AUGUCAAAUAACCUCCUUUCCCUCGCAGGGUGGACCUUUCUCCCAAACCUUGUAACAGGAUGGGUCCAAAAUAUAUACUAUGGCAUCACUAUUCGUGCCGGUGAUCCUAAGCCUCAACCUGGCACGCCACGCUUCAUCCUUCACAGACAACGUAUCCACAUCAUAGUUGUCUCUGCCUACCUACUAUACACAAUCUACGAAGCAGACUGGGACAUCCGGAGGGCGAGCGAUUUCUACCAAGAUCUAGGGAUCGCACAUACUGCUCCCGAGAGGGAAAUCAAAUCUCGGUUCCGGCGCUUAGCAGCCAUCUACCACCCCGACAAACUCUCAUCUUCUUCCACUUCCUCGGAGGCAUACUUCGUCCACCUCAAGCAAGCACAAGACACGCUUCUCAACCCCGCCAAACGAUUCGCGUAUGAGCGAUUUGGGCCGUCUAUCCUAGAAUGGCAACGCUGUUCUAGUGUCCGCGACUUCAUAGUCCAAGGCCUCCAGUCGAUCCUUCCAUACUACGGCGUGGCGGCAAUAUUCAUGUAUAUCCUCGGUCUGCUAGGAUAUCUCGAAUGGGGCAAAUACUGGCGCUGGCUUACGCUCGUCGUCCUCUGCGUUUUCGAACUCCACACCAUUUCACGUCCAUACUUCCCUCACGUUGCCACGAAGUUAAUAAAUCCCCUCCUCACGACCUUCACGCGCCACCCGCCCUACCUACCAUUUCAACUCAUCCAGCUGGCGCGAAAACUUAGCGUCACCCUUUAUAUCGCAUUUUCUCAGAUUGGGCCCCUUCUACAACCACCGUCCAUCAUCCCAGCAAAUGCGAACCCAGAAAUUGCAUUAAAGCAACAAUUAGACCGAUUAGAGGCUACGGCGAAGGCCGCCGACAUCGAAGCCACGAGAUUAAUGGGCAUGGAAAUGAGCCCAUUUGUUGGAGAUAAUGAGGCACUGAGGGAUGUCAAAGGGAAGGUUAAGGACUGGUUGGUCGAAAAUACUAUAAGAUCAGAUCCGGAAGUACGCGAUGCAUUGGGAAAUUUACUGAAGCGAAGACGGGCAGACGCGCCAGUCGGUGCAAGAGGGAAUAGAUAG